UCUGUGUCGUUCGUCAACAAAGAAGAUGAAACUUAUCAAUUCUGUACAAUAAUCAUCCAACCAUGUGAACAAGCUUUUGACCCUCCACAGUCAACGCCAACCCAUCCUCUCUGUUCCCCCAUUACUCUCCACUAACUCCUUCCUUUCUGACUUUCAUUUUUUUGAAUUUCUCCGUCCAUACCUCUCUCUUCUCUUCUCUUCUGCUUUGUAUACAGCCUCAGAGAAAGAAGCAAAAAAAUCGAAACAGAGAAGGCUACAAAGUGAAAACAAGAGCAAAUGGUAAACUAAAGACGCCAGACAUGUGGCAGACUCAAAGGCCUCAUCUUUUCCUUGCUCUGCUUCUUCUGUUUCUCCUCUCCCUCCCAUUGAAGCUCUCUACAUCAACAACAACCGAAGCCCAAGCUCUGGCCAAGUGGAAGAACAGUUUAGCUUCCUCGGAUUCUCUCCGUUCUUGGUCCCUCACCAAUAUCAGAAGCUUCUGCAAUUGGGCAGGCAUCGUCUGCAACAAAGCCGGAAGCGUCACCGAGAUAAACCUCCCCAGCUCCAGUCUCAACGGGACACUCGACCAACUCAGUUUCGCAUCGUUAUCCAAUCUCACUCGCUUUGAUCUCAACGGCAACUCUAUUGAUGGAACAAUUCCCUCGGGCAUUGCCAACCUCUCUAAGCUUACGUACUUGGACCUGGGCACCAAUUACUUCAUUGGUUCCAUCCCUCCAGAGAUCGGAAGAUUGUCGGAGAUGCGGUAUCUCACCCUAUCUGUAAACAACCUCGAGGGUCCAAUCCCAUAUCAGAUCAGCAAUCUCCAAAAGGUAUGGUACCUAGACCUCGGAGCUAACUACUUAGAAUCCCCCGAUUCAUCCAAGUUCUCUGCCAUGCCCAAUCUCAUAUAUCUAAAUCUUUAUCUCAACUCACUGAGCUUGGACUUUCCGCCUUUCAUACUGAACUGCCGGAACCUGACGUUGCUCGACUUGUCGGUCAACAACCUUUCGGGUCCGAUACCAGAACUGUUGGUCACUAAUCUGCAGAAGAUUGAAUACCUCAAUUUUACGAGUAAUUCCUUUCAAGGGCCCUUGCCCAAAAACCUGCCCAAGCUUGCUCGGCUCAAAGAAUUACGUCUGGGUACGAACAGGUUCACCGGUACAAUUCCCGCUGGAAUCGGUUCUAUUUCAGGACUUGAAAUUCUCGAAUUACAGAACAAUUCUCUGGUUGGGGAGAUCCCUUCUUCACUGGGCCAACUCAGGAUGCUUCGAAAGCUCUAUCUGGAUGGUAACAGAUUGAAUUCUACUAUUCCUUCGGAGCUAGGCCUAUGUACUAAUCUCGCCUUCCUUGCUAUUGCGGUGAACUCUCUCACUGGGUUCCUUCCUCCCUCUCUAUCCAAACUGACCAAGAUAUCUGAACUGGGUCUCUCAGACAACUCGCUGUCUGGAGAGAUCCACCCUUACUUCAUUACAAACUGGACGCAGUUGACCUCUUUGCAACUCCAGAACAAUAACUUUACAGGAAAAAUUCCCCCUGAGAUCGGUAGAUUGACAAAUCUCACUGUCCUCUUCCUCUACAAUAAUCACUUCUCAGGUGUGAUACCCCCAGAGAUUGGAAACCUGAAAAACUUGCAGCAACUAGACAUAUCGGUGAAUGCUCUCACAGGUCCUAUACCUCGCACAAUUGGAAAUCUAUCAAAGCUUGAUUUCUUACAGCUUUUCUACAACAAUUUGACCGGAACGAUUCCUCCAGAGAUUGGUAACAUGUCAUCAUUACGGACGCUUGAUCUCAACACGAAUCAAUUGCAGGGAGAGGUGCCAGACACCAUCUCUCGCCUUGAAUAUCUUGAGACACUCUCCUUGUUUACCAACAAUUUAUCGGGUAGCAUUCCGAAAGAAUUUGGACAGCGUAGUAAUUUGGCUUAUGUUAGCUUUUCCAACAACAGCUUUUCCGGUGAGUUACCGCCGGGGUUAUGCAAUGGCUUUUCCCUCCAACAUUUGACAAUCAACAGCAACCAUUUCACAGGGCCAUUACCUGAUUGCUUGCGCAAUUGCUCACAACUAGUUAGAGUCAGGCUUGAAGGAAACCAGCUCACUGGGAACAUAUCAAAGGCGUUCCGAGUACAUCCAAAUCUUCUGUACAUAGAUCUUAGUGGUAAUCAGUUGUCUGGUGAGCUCUCCCCUGAAUGGGGAGAAUGUGCAAAUCUUACUUAUUUUCACAUUGAUGGAAAUAAAAUUUCUGGUGAGAUUCCAGCCGAGCUUGGGAAGUUAACACAAUUAGGGGACCUAAGCCUGUCUUCAAAUGAACUGAGGGGGCAAAUUCCAGCAGAAUUAGGAGAUCUGAACAGGUUAUUCAAGCUUAACUUGAGCAACAAUCACUUGGCAGGAGUGAUCCCUUGGAGCAUUGGCAAUUUAAGUAGGCUACAAGUACUUGACUUGUCAGAAAAUGUAUUAAAUGGCAGUAUACCUUCAGAGCUUGGAAACUGCACCAACUUGAUUAAGCUGAACUUGAGCAACAAUGAGUUAGUGGGUGAAAUACCAUCUGAGCUGGGGAACUUAAAUGCCUUGCAGUCAUUUCUAGAUCUUAGCCAAAAUUCACUCUCAGGGUCCAUCCCUCCAAACCUGGGGAAGCUGACUGCAUUAGAGAAUCUCAAUCUAUCCCAUAACAACCUCUCUGGCACAAUCCCAAAAUCAUUAUCAGGCAUGUCUAGUCUACAAUAUAUUGAUCUUUCCUACAACAACUUGACUGGUCCUGUCCCAACUGGUAACAUUUUCCUCAAGGCACCUGCUACAGCCUUCACUGGAAAUCCAGGCCUAUGUGGAACUGCACAAGGAUUGCACUCUUGCAAUACAAGUCCUCCAGGUAGCCAUUCCAAGAAGCAUUACAGACUCCUCAUUUCUAUUAUUGUCCCCAUUGUCUGUGUUUUGAUUUUAGGAGCUAUAGUUAUUGGAAUGUUAAUUCUGAGUAGGAAAUCAAGACAACCAGAUGAAGAGAUUAGAAGUGUCAAAAAGGAUGAGACUUCUGAGGCACUGAUUUGGGAAAGAGAAGGAAGAUUCACAUUUGGUGAUAUCAUUAGAGCCACAGACAACUUCAAUGAAGAGCACUGUAUUGGAAAAGGAGGAUAUGGAUCUGUUUACAAAGCAGUGUUUUCAACAGGUCAAAUAGUAGCUGUUAAGAGGCUAAAUAUGUCAGAUUCAAGUGACAUUCCAGCAAUAAAUCGACAAAGUUUUGAGAAUGAAAUCCGUACAUUAACAGAAGCUCGGCACCGGAAUAUAGUUAAGCUGUAUGGAUUCUGUUCUAGGAAGGGAAUCAUGUAUUUGGUGUAUGAGUAUGUAGAGAGAGGUAGUCUGGGAAAGGUUUUGUAUGGGAAAGAAGGGGGGAGUGAAUUGGACUGGGUGGCAAGGGUGAAAAUUAUCCAAGGGCUUGCCCAUGCAAUUGCUUAUUUGCACCAUGAUUGUUCUCCUCCUAUUGUGCAUCGGGACAUAUCUGUGAAUAAUGUUUUGCUUGAGUCAAGCUUUGAAACUCGGCUUUCAGACUUUGGAACAGCUAGAUUAUUGAGCCCUGAUUCAUCCAAUUGGACUACAGUUGCUGGGUCUUAUGGUUACAUGGCUCCAGAGCUUGCAUUUACAAUGAAGGUCACUGAAAAAUGUGAUGUUUAUAGCUUUGGAGUGGUGUCUUUGGAAGUUAUGAUGGGAAAGCACCCUGGGGAGCUGAUUUCUUCUCUGUCAUCAUCGUCUUCUAGUGAUGGUGGCUUGUUCCUGAAGGACGUCUUGGACCAAAGGCUUCUAUCACCCACAGGUCAGUUGGCAGAGGAGGUGGUCUUUGUAGUUAAAAUGGCACUGGCAUGCACACAUGCCAAUCCUGAGUCACGGCCUACAAUGCGUUUCGUUGCACAGGAACUGUCAGCUCACACCCAGGCAUAUCUAUCAGAGCCAUUUAGAACAAUUACAAUGAGCAAACUAACAAGCUAUCACAAAUAGAUCAAGUUAGAUAAGGGUCUAUGGCCUUUGGAUGAAUGUAUGGAGCUACAGUAUAAUAUCACUGAAUGACCUUGUUUUUUAUUUAAUUCAAAGCAAAAGAAAGAAAAAAAAAACAUGAUUUUACAUUCUGAUAGAAGAAUAUGUUAAAAAGGAGAAACAUUUUUGUUUUCUUAAUUUGGUUUAACUAAAACAGAUUUUGAUUCA